AUUUCUUACCUGCUGCUUUCUCCUAUACUCCUUGGCGCGCGACGUCCCUCUCGCCGCGACGCGACAAUUUCGUUCCUAUUCGAAAUGGAUACGCUUUGCCUGAUGCCAUCGUCGAUGCGAGUCCUAUGCGCUGUGCUGUGUGCCCUGCUCAUUUCCUCAUUGGCGGCAGCAGUCUUCAACAGUCUUCAGAGUAAUGCCAAGGGAUCGUCGAGUUUCUGCAAACGACCGGAUGAGCAGUUUCGACCGAACUUUCUAUGUCCUCGAGAAACAAUGUUCUUCUACUAUUCUUGCUGCUUGGACUCGAAUGACGAGGAUCUCAAAUGUUGUGCUCAAGUGCGAGUUUGGCUACUAAUCGCAAUCAUUUGUGUGAGCCUAUCGUGUGUCAUUGGAGUGUCAUACACUAUUUUCUGGUACUGCUGUAUUUGCGAGAAGGCGAACACCGUUUUGGCAACUCCGCUAUAA